AUGGAUACAAGUCCUGGACAACCCGAAUACUCAGCGGAACCUAACUUGAGCUGGAUCAACGUAGGACUGGCCCUAUCUUUUAUACUCUUCGACGUCGCCCUGUCCUCUGUAUUGCGACUGGGAAUUGAACGCCCAUUGAUAACAUCAUCAAUAAGAUGUGUCAUUCAAUUAGGCCUUGCGUCAACUCUGUUACAAAAGGUUUUCGAUGCGAAGAAUCCAUGGGCUGUGGCAGCCAUUGUGUGCCUUCUGAAUGUGCUAGGAACCUUCGAAGUCGUUGUUAACAAGUCAAAGAAGAGGCAUCCUCACAUGUUCAUUUCUACACUGGUAGGGCUCGCGCUGUCGAACAUACCUGUGGGUGUCCUUGGGUCUAGAUUUGCCAUGUCCAAUGAUCCGUUUUGGGACCCAAGGCAAUUCAUCCCAAUCGUCGGCAUGCUCUGUGGGAGUACCAUUUCAGGAGUUGUGGUAUCUAGUACUUACAUACUACGUGAAUUUAGGCAAGUUGACAACAGUGAUAAAGUCGAGAUGUAUCUCGCUUUUGGCGCAACGCGAUGGGAAGCUUGCAAGUCCAUGUCUGUUGAAACGCUCCGCGUCUCUCUAAUGCCGACUAUCAACCAAAUGAGCGUGCUUGGAAUCAUAUCCAUCCCGGGGAUGAUGACGGGAGCUCUCCUUGGUGGUGCAUCCGUGGAGCGCGCCGCGAAACUGCAGAUGAUCAUCAUGUUUAUGAUCUCCGCCUCCAACGCGCUUGGAUGUAUUCUCACUACUGUCAUGACUCUCAGCAUCCUCAUAGACGGCGAUUCCCGUGUAAGGGCUGAUAGGAUUGACAGUAGGCCACAUGCCGUGUGGCGCAUUAGAAGCGCUUUAUGGCUUAAGGUGGUGACUUUGGCCAGGGAGAAUAUCCCAUGGAUGGCCACGCCUAAAACCGUUGCACCAGCAUCGUACACCCUUAGCUGA